AUGCCUCUCAAUCAUCCAGUAUACCAUAAAGAUGAGACGGUGCUCUGUUUUCAUCAUGAUAUCCUCUAUGAAGCAAAGAUAAUAGCUCUGAGGCUGAGCGACCCCGAGGAUCGGAAAAGCCCUUAUGAAUAUCGAGUUCAUUACAAGGGUUGGAAACACACAUGGGAUGAUUGGGUAUUCCAAGACCGCCUUCGAAAGGCCACAGAGGACAACAAAGAGCUCGCUGCUACCCUACGACGUGAAGCAGAGGCUGCCUCUCGCAAGAAAUCCAAAAAGAAGAAGCCCGCAGCAUCAGACCUAGGUUCUACCCUUGGAAGUGAUGAUAGACAAUCAUCUAUUCCGGCUAGGGGCACGAAGAGAGGAAGGGACACUGAGAUUGAAAAGGAGGAUGAAUUCAAUUCACGACCAUCUAUUCGCAUAGUCAUCCCUGAUAAUCUCAAGGCUCUCCUUGUAGAUGAUUGGGAAUUCGUCACAAAAAAUAACCAGCUUGUCCCUCUCCCAGCAAAAGCACCUGUUUCGACAAUACUCGAUCAAUACUUUGAGGAGGAAAAGCCUAAAAGGGCUAGUCCUUCAGAAGUAGAUGUAUUGGAGGAAGUAGUGGCCGGAAUCAGGGAGUACUUUGAGAAAUCACUUUCGAAGAUUUUACUCUACCAGUUCGAGAGGCAGCAGUACAAGAUCAUAAGUAAUAAAUGGGAAUCUGGCGCAGAAGGAUAUGUUGACAAGGGACCCUGUGAAGUCUAUGGUGCCGAGCACCUUGCACGUCUAUUUGCAUCCCUUCCUGAACUUAUUGCGCAAACUGGUCUUAGCCAGCAAGCUACACAAAGGCUGCGUGAGGAAUUAUCUAAAUUCUCCAUGUGGCUCAGUAAGCAUUCUGAACGUUUCUUUUCCGCUAAAUACAACGCCCCUAGCAAGGAGUACAUUGACACGGCGAAGGGUGUGAAUAGUCAAGAUGCACCCGGCACUGCAACAGCUCGUCUCUUUGAAAUGGACAAAGCCGAUAAAUCUGACUAG